UUCCUUUCUCCUCGGGAGCGCGGCAUUGGAAAGAGAGGCGCCGUGCCCGCGCUUUACGUCUCUGGUUCGUGUACUGACAGCCAGCUGUGCGGUUAGAACGACAACAAUCUCCGGGUUUUGAUCAAUCCAGCCGUCAAACUCGACCCGUAUUGUUUGGGAAGAACACUUUUACUUGACAGAUAUUUUUGUUUUUAUCGUUUAAUUUAUCCGACUACACAGCAUUCCUCAAACAUGAAUCCGUCGUGUGGCAGAUGUGGCACAAUCGUGUACCCCACGGAAAAAGUGAAUUGUCUGGACAAGUACUGGCACAAAGGAUGCUUCAGCUGUGAGAUCUGCAAAAUGACUCUAAACAUGAAGAAUUACAAAGGCUUUGAAAAGAGACCAUACUGCAAUGCACACUACCCCAAGACAAACUUUACCUGUGUGGCCGACACUCCCGAGAACCUCCGCCUCAAACAGCAGAGCAAGAUGCAGAGCCAGGUGCAGUACAAGGAGGAGUUUGAGAAGAACAAAGGGAAAGGUUUCAGUGCUGUGGCCGACACGCCAGAGAUGCAGAGAAUCAAGAAAACACAGGACCAUAUCAGCAACAUUAAGUACCAUGAGGAGUUUGAGAAGAACAGGAUGGGAGGAGAAAUCCCAUCUCCCCAGCCCAACAGCCCCAAUCCAGUGUUCCAGCAGCCCCACCAGCCCCCUGCUGCGUCUAAGAACUACAGCUAUGAGCCAGCAGCGGCUCCUGGACCAGUCCGUCAGGUGGCCGCCGCCCCCCCUCCCAGCUCCGGGAAGCGGUACCAGGCGGUGUAUGACUAUGCUGCAGCCGACGAGGACGAGGUGGGCUUCCUGGAGGGAGAUGUGAUCGUGGACGCGCAGGUGAUCGACGAGGGCUGGAUGUACGGCCGUGUCGAGCGCACUGGCCAGCAGGGCAUGCUGCCUGCUAACUAUGUCGAGGCCAUCUGAUCUGAGAAAGAAGUGUGGAAGGGAGUGAGAGAAGCAAAUGAAAAGCCCAGUGCCAUCUCAUCUUAAUGCCGCUUUCUAUUUCUUUCACUCGUUCCCUGAUCUGUCCUGUAAGACCCCCCCCCGCCUGGUCUGCUCUCCUCCAACGACAGACUCUCUGUGCUGCCGUCUGUCUGUCUGUUUGUCUGCCUGUCUCUGUCCCAAUUCUUCGGUCCACUAAAAAAAAAGCAGUCACAAGUGGAAUUUAAGUCUUACAGAAGUAACAUGCCUCCAUCUUACAGGCUAUAUAUACGUCAGGGGUCAUAGUGUAUCACAACUAUCCUAGCUACAGCACUUCAUUUUCCAGCAAACUAUGAUGCAAAACGAUAUGAACCUCUUUUUUUUUUUUUGUCAAUCAAGUUGCCAUGACAGCAGAGAACUGAGGCCAAUGUGGUCAUGAGAAAAUGAGUUUGGAAUGUGGGUGUGGCAUCUUCAGAAGUUGUUUUUUCUUUUUUCCGUUUUUCGAACUGGUUGAAAUUGGUCUGACUGGAAGCUCAGUGUAGAAUCUUACUAUAUCUGGGCAGUUAGAACUCAGCUUGAAUAUUUGACUUGUGUACAUUCCAUUAUCCAUCAAUACCCCAUUGUUGUCGCAUCAGCCAGUCAGUGAGCAGUCUACAAUAUCAGUCUUACCAGAGAGGUCUUAUAUAUUUAUAUAACUACACGUACGCAUUUAUCAAUAGUACUUAUCUGUUACCUCACCUGUCUUACCCUGUCCUGCACUGCAUUGUGGGUAUUGUUCUGAAACUCAACUGGAAUCCUAUCUAAACUGAAGAGCGCCUCCUGCCUUGCCUUGUACCUCAAGUUCAGGCAUUUGAAGUACAGGAGGGAUCAGGGGCGAGUUAGUUAGGGGAUGUGGUUACAAUCUUCUUACAAUCAUGUCAUUACCUUAGUCAGUGGGUGUGAAGCUAUUCCUCAUUCUUGCUGUCUCCCGCUCGCAGCCUCAUGCCUUCCGACAGUCUUACAGGAAGAUGAGUGACGUGAUGGUUGGAGGGGGUCUGGGGCGGAGAGAGGGGGUAGGAUCAGGCCAGGUCCUGCCCCUAUUCCAAGAGAACCAACAUCCGAGUUUAUCAAUCGUAAGCGCGAAGGCCAAACACAAUUCCCAAAACAAUUCUGUAUUGUCAAUCUUUUCUCUUUUUUUUCAAAUGUUUAUUUUUUUCACUUGUUUUGUUGUUAAACAUUCCAGUCCUUUGUUAUGAGAAGUGUUGAACAGGGGUCAGAAAUCCAGGCUGUGGUAAAUGUUAGUGUUUCUAUUUCCUAUCAUGCUGUUUUUUUCCCCCUUUGCUUUUGUUGGUAUUCUAAGAGGCUUAUUUUAAAAAUGUCAAUGUAUCAAAUACAUUUCGGAAAUAAAACGGCAACUCGAUUUAUGAACCAAUAAGGCACGCUAGUUUUGUCUAGGCGUGUGCAUAUGCUGGGUUAGCAAUCCCACCGAUUUAGAUCCAUGGGGUAAAUCAACCAUCAUGGGUUAUGUAUUUGCCUGAUAAUUCCUCAACCCAAUUUGCCUGUUUUGUUGUGCCAACAUUGGAGAGCAAUGUUCUGGAGUGCCACUGGCUCAUGAAUAUUCACAUGCUCAUUAAUGAGCAGUCGUCAUGGCGCACAGUAACAUUAGGCCCCCGCUCUCUCGCCCGCAUUUAUAGAUAAUCUCUGACAUUCUAUAGGCACACAUUUCCAGAGGACAUUCCCUACCUAUGUAGUGGCACGCCUGUGUUGCACAGAAAACUGAGAAAUGUUUACGCGACAAUGACGUAACUUUCAUAGUCGUAGCUACGAGAUCUGUCUGGAUGUCCUGUCAGGGGCAGGUUCUUCCAGUGCCGCCGGAUCGUUGUACAUUCCGUGUCCUGAGGGACCGUGUGAGGCUGGGAGAGAGGGACGCGGUGAACUCCUCCUCGACAGCUUACUUCUUCCCUUAUCUUUCCCACCCUACUGUUUCUUCCCCUUCUCUCAUGCGCUGUGACUGUCACGGGUGGGGGUUGGGAUUAAAAGUCUUGUUCCGCUUUAUAAAAACAAAGCCGUACUCCCGCCGUGUAGCCUGAUUUGAUGGUGGUGUUGUACAGUUGUUUUGGGUUGUAGGUCAUGGUGCUGGGGAAGGAAGGGGCUUUUGCCUGCGGACUAAAGCUGUAGUGUGGAAUGAUUUUGAUCUAAUGAGGUGAAGGGGCGGUAUAAAGGGUAAACGGUACCCUUUUUAGUACCAGUGUGGUGGGACGUGUUGGACAAUAAGUUAGGUGUUGACCGUUCAUAUCAUUUUGGCUUCAACUUUGUAAUGUGAUGAGUUAUAACAAUGAUGCUUAAAUGAAUUAGAAUGAACACAACGCACACCUCAACCCGACUAGAUAAUCAGAUUGCCAUGCUGAUAAAAAAAAAAGGUAAGUCUAGGCUGGCAUUUAGCAUCUAUGAUCUCUACUUGACAACUGGACAUUUUUAAACUCGUACACUGUAUGAAGGGCAGUUUUGGGGCAGAGCCAUUUGAAGUCUCGCUUUGCUGCAGUAACUGAAGAAAGGGCGAGGAGGAAGAGGUGGUUUGGCUUGACGUGAAUGGGGUGUUGGAGUUUUUAUGAAUUUGGUUGGCCUUGUACAGUAUCUGCAGUCAAUGCCUCUCAAAAUAAAAUUGCCUUGGCUACUUGGAGGCUUUGGUGUGUUUUAUAGAUAGGCUUGGUUUAUUCCCUAUGUUGGCUGCCACAGCUGUUUUUCCUUUGCAGUGAUUUUGUUUUAGUUGCUAGGGGGAUUUCGGAGCGAGGUGAAUGAUGGUGGUAGUUGGAGGGAAAGCAAUCCAAAGUGGCUAAAGACAAGCCAAUUGUGUUUUUGUGCGACUUGAGUGAUAGACCACAGCGGCAAGGUGUAGACAUUAUUAUUGUACCAUGUUAUUGUCUGUAUUGAGCUGGAUGGGGCUAGGAAAGGGAUGCUACAACCUGCGGGGUGUAAGGAAAGACUAGGAAUCCGCCAGGAGACCAAUAUUCUCUUCUGCUUUGGUAUCACUCCUACAACUCUGCAGUAUCAUAUCUCAUAUCAUCACCUUGUUCUCCUCCCCCAAUGUAUGUGGUCAUAUCAGUCCUAUGGCCAAGAGUCCUCCAACCUUCUACCCCAAUUAAAGACUCCUAUGUCCUAUGCUUCUGGUGAAUCAACCAUUCCUUGCUUUUGUAUGAUACUGGUAUAGGAAGUGCAGAUAUAAAUCAACCAACCACAAACACUGACCUAGCAUUCAGACCGAUGUUGUGCAUUCCAUCAAAAAAUUAUUUUGUUUUGAUAGCAUUUUUGUUAUUCAGAAUUUUUUUUUUUUUUACAUGCAUAUAUUGACAUUCUUAAAAGAAAAUCAGACUCCAGUUGAAUUUUAAGGAACUGAUAAAAGCAUCUCAUGUUGCCCUGUUUCAGCACUUCGAAUUGUACUUAAAUAUUCUACAGAUGAAAUAAAAUGUCAUUUUUACUCA